CGCGGCCGGGGGACCGCGCCGGGCACCAGGUCUCAAGCAGCGAGGCCCCCGCACCUGCUGGCGAGCGGCAUCGCCGGCGGCGACGGCUCCGCCCUGGAGGCUGCCUGGAUCCCGUCGUGGUUCCCUUCCGUCGCCUCGGCCCCGCGCGAGGAGGGCUCCACGACGGCCACCACCGCCUCCGCCACGUCGACCACGAGACGGCGACGAGCAGCACGCUCUCGUCGGCCAGCUCCGCCACGUCGACCACGCGCAGCGACACGGCGACCAGCGGCACGCUCACGUCGACCCUGGCGGCCAGGCCCGUCGCCUUCACCGCCACGCCGAGCAGCGACUUCUCGCGGGCCUGCCUGCGGCCGAAGCCCGAGGGCUGCUGCAGCAUCCGGGACCGGGGCGAGUGCCUGCGGAGCAGGGACGGGCGCGCCAUGGGCAGCCUGGACGGCAGGAGGACUCGGAUCCGGGGGGAGCCGUGCCUCUGGGACGGUGCCUCUGGCGUGUGCGAGGCUUACGACUACGUCGUCAAGGCGGACGCCUUCAACGAGUCGCUGGCGCGCGCGAGCUACGAGGU